CCAGGACACAAAGCUCACUCACGACGCAGGUAAGGAAUUAUCCAUUUAUCUCGACAAUUCAAAAUGGCUACUCCAACGUUGCUCGAUAUGCCAGAUCCUCCAUCCAACCCUGACACCCCUACUGAGGCUCCUGGCACCCCGAACUCCACCACCACAUCCCUAUCCGCGCUCUCUACGACCGCAAUCAAAGAUGGCCAUCGUGGUACCGUUUUCCAGAAUACCGGCAGCUUGGGUCAUCGUCACAGCGCUUCAAGCAACACACUUGAAGCCGAGCGCGCGGACCGCAUCUCACGUCUAGCGGGUCUAGAGCGUGUUUCUACAGUGCGAGGUGCAAAUCCCAAUGCCGCAGGUAGUCCAGGAACUGGCCCUGCCGGUACAGGUCAGAUACCAGGUUACUUCGAUGCAGCAGGCAAUCCUGUCUACACGACCAAGGUUUCGACUGUAGGCUCUGCCUCAGCGUCAACGGGCGGGCGAACCACAACAUGGGCCAGCGGGAGUACCAAAGGGCACACGGAAGGAGAUGAUGAUGAUAGAGAGGUGGAUCAAAUGAGCAUGGAUACCAACGAUGAUCGGGACAGAUAUUCAGCCAGUGUUAUGGAUGAGGAUAUGGACGUUGACGGUAUGAGUGACGACAUAUCUCUCGUUGGCUUUGGAGAGGGAGCCGGCAGUACGGUUAGUGGACCGACGUAUUCUAGGAGCAAUCUGGUACCAAGGAGCGGGUUGGCAAACCAGUGGCAGAGCAGCGCAUCUUCAACUCCGCUCAGUGGGAACACAUCUGCUACCGUUGAGCAACAGAAACGGGAGGCGAGGAUGAUAGAUGGGUUAGCAGAUGACACGGCGAGUGGGUACGUUGACACUGCUGCUAGAGGUGGAGUGCCGGUAGGGAAUCCAGGCUCUGGGGUUGAGGCUGCAGAGAGAAUUUUGAAGGGCAGUCUUGACGAUGACGAGGAAAAAAGACCGCCUUUGGGAAGUCCCGAUGAGGCUGGAUUGGGAAAAUUCUACUUCGAGGAAAAGAAGUAGAUCGGAAGAGAUUCUGUAAUAUUAAGUUCUGUUUCGUUCGGCGUUUACUAAGGUGUAGGCGGAUAUGAGAAUAAAUUCGUUAUACCGACUGGAAGAGUUUCCACAGCUGCCUUGUACAGGGAAGAUCCAAUCUCUGAG